ACUGUAACCAAAUAUUACAAUAAAGAAGUCUACAAUAAGUCUACUUAAAUUCGAUACGAAAAUAAGAAAAUUAAUGACAAUGUCUUGUCAUUCCAAUGGCGCUAUGAAUGAAUCAGACGAUGAGCGUGAGCUUACCAGCCUGACCUGGUUAAUGGAGCUGCGUAAUCAGAAUUUUAGUUGGCCAAAUGUUAUGCACCCGGCUACUUUGGAUGAUGACACGAAGAAUGGCCAAAGCAACGAGACCACCGCAGAGGAAGAUUGCCGACAGCAGGAGCUGUAUGCUGAAACCGCAAAGAAGGACUGUCCGAAUAUUGGCGCACUCAAUAAUGAAGCGGGACUCAACAAAAACGACAAGAGACGCACUGAUGCUGAUGCUGCUACAGAUAAAAUGCCAAUGCCAAUCAAUAGCGGCGAUGAGAAGAGCGCUAGGCGUUUGGGGAAUGGCAAAUGCAUUGAGAAGCCAAGUAAAAAGCCAACAAACGUAGCGGUGCAAAGCCAGCAGCCACAAAUCCAAUUGAAAAGAGCCACACCAGCGGAACGAUAUGAAAUCUUUCUGGAAAAGGUGAAAAG